GCUCCUUCCGCCUUCCCGGCAGGCCCCGCGCGGCGCUUGCGUGCUCAGUGACCUUUCCGAGUCAUCAGCUGUGAGUUAGGGCUAGCUGAGCCGCUAGUUUUUCGCCGAGAUGCUUCAAAGCUUUAUUAAGAAUGUUUGGAUCCCCAUGAAGCCCUACUAUACCCAAGUUUACCAGGAGAUUUGGGUAGGAACGGGGCUGAUGGCUUUUAUCGUUUAUAAGAUCAGGAGUGCUGAUAAAAGAAGUAAAGCCUUGAAAGCUUCCAGUCCUGCGCCUGCUCAUGGGCAUCAUUAACGAGCUCUCCUUGGAUGGGACAUCAGUCUGGCUGUGCUGUGGGAACGUGGGACAUCGUGUUGACUUGCAGCAGUGCCCCUGCCCUUGGACAUGAAUAAACGUACCUGUGAGACGCA